ACAAACAGUAGGAAGCAGAGUGAAGUGGAAACAAGCGUGACUGGAUCCGUGUGUCCGUGUUUACUUUAUAUUUACUUUACUUUAUUUAUCGUCGCGAGGAGAGUUUGCCUUGUGUAGUCCAACAUGGACGUCCCGAUGCCUCAGAAGCGUUACUACAGACAGAGAGCUCAUUCAAACCCCAUGGCUCAUCACACGUUUGACUAUCCUUUGUGUCCAGAGGAAAUGGACUGGUCCAAACUGUAUCCAGACUUCUUUACUGGAAAUGUGUCGGAGAAAGAGGAGCCACGAGUGGAGUUUGCAGACAUCGGAUGUGGAUAUGGGGGUCUUUUAGUGGAGUUAUCACCACUUUUCCCAGACAAACUCAUCCUGGGCCUGGAGAUCCGAGUCAAAGUUUCAGAUUAUGUCCAGGAUCGUAUAAAAUCUUUACGUGCCUCAGAACCUGGAAGCUUCAAAAACAUUGCCUGCCUUCGCAGUAAUGCGAUGAAGUAUCUCCCCAAUUUCUUCGCUAAAGGACAGCUCAGUAAGAUGUUCUUCCUCUUCCCCGACCCUCACUUUAAGAAGACCAAGCACAAAUGGAGGAUCAUCAGUCCCACGUUGCUGGCAGAAUAUGCUUACACACUGAGAGUCGGGGGUUUGGUGUAUACCAUCACUGAUGUGGAGGAAGUUCACGACUGGAUGGUGAAGCACUUUUCUGAACAUCCGCUGUUUUCACACGUCCCUGAUGAAGAACUGACGGCGGACGUGAUCGUCGGUCGAUUGGGUUCAUGUACAGAAGAAGGAAAGAAGGUGCAGAGAAAUGGAGGAAAGAAUUUCCUUGCUGUUUUCCGGAGGAUUGAGGAUCCAAACUAAGACCUAACAAACACCUGGAAGAGCCUGGGAUAACGUUGUUAUGUGAACAUUCAUGAAUUGCACAGAUGACAUUGCUCUAUGGAAGGAGGUGGAGGCUGUGGCUCGUUCUCCAAACAGAUGAACAGUGAUGGGUUGUUGUUUUUUUGUUCCCUUUUUUUCUCACAGAGAAUUUGUCGUGAAGUUUGUCACAUUCCAAAUCACACUUCUCGACUAUUUUAAUUAUUGCCAUUUUCUUUAGUUCUUUAAAAUCGACAGUGCUGUUUUUGGAUUUUCUGAAAAUCUCAACAACAAAAAAAGUCAGUAAAACUACACUGAACAACUUUAAAGUUGUGUUCUUGUGUUGCAGUUACUGUGUUACUUACUGUCAUGAAACAGAACAACCACUUUUGCAACACUCAUCCAUGACCUAGAUCUGAAGGGAUUUAUGUUAUAGCACAGUUUCUGCUCCUUUUCAUGAAAUGGAGCCUCGUGUUUUUAAAAACGAUUACAUUUUCCAUGCAUGGAUCCAAUCAUAGCCUCAUGGUGUUGCUGUGUUAGUGGCGGAAUACGAAGUGUAUCACACGGGGAAGUUUGUCAGCAAUCUUCAGUUCAUGUAACUUGUUUGCUUUCGGGUCAUUGUUUGGUUUAAAGAUAACGUUGCAGGCUGCAGCACAUCCUGCGUGGAUGUAAUACAGCUGUGUUAAAGACA